AGCCAACGGUUUUUCAUGCGAGGACGUCCGCGUAUCUGAUAUGCGCAUGCGCAUCCAGGGCGACUGACGAAAGUGGCGGGCAGGCGCGGCUAGUGACGGACGACCGGUAUGUGAUCGCCCGUUGAGAAGGCCUAGUAGAAAUGGCUGUCGCAGGACUCCUCAGUACCUGGCUGUGCAGGAGAAUCUUGUUAUGCUACAGAGAACUCUGAGGGGAACUGACGAGGCAGAAGAUAGUUUGCUGGCCAUGUUCAAAAGUCGUGGAUGGCUGACCAACUAGCCAAACAAAGCCGAUGGCUGAUUAGAAAAAGCCCUGAGCAAAAUAGAAAGCAAGGUAGAGAAUUACGAGUUGUUCAUAGAGAUGCUGCAGGAAGUUUCAGGUAUUGAUGAAGCUGUGGAAGAGAUCACAAAACGUGCCAACAAGGCCUCAAAAGACUAGUUUCUGAAAGUGGUGGAGUUUUUGCUGACAGCCCAGAAAAAUCUGCCGGUGAGGCAGAACCAUCGCAAGUGUUUGAUAUGAAGUGUUAUAGUGACUGGUUGAAACUGAAAACUACCAAGGAUAAGCAAAGGAAAGGUGGCAAGCUUGUAGCUGAAAGGAAGAAACAACUCUGGCCUAGUGGAUCAACGAUGAAUGUGAAGUUUGGACAUAUAAAAAAUUGGAGAGAUGAAGAUGGCGAGCCUAUUACCAAAGAUGCCAUCCUCAAGAUUGCCAAUAAAUGGCACGAAUGUAAUCCACAAGUGGUGCCUAAAUUUAUCCCCUGUGGUCCUGAUAACACUGAUAGUGAUAUCCGAGUGGAGUUUGUUGAGAAUGGGGUGUCGUGGUCUUUGGUUGGUGCUGAAGCAAAAGAUGAAGAUACAAAUAAUCCAACCAUGGAGUUGGAUUUAGGUUCCCACUAUAGGUUCACCAUAUUGCAUGAAUUUGGCCAUGCACUUGGCCUUCAACAUGAGCAUCAACACCCUAAAGCUCCUAAGCUCUACAAUGAGCAAAUGCUAAACAAAUUCUUAAAGGACAAUCGUGGUAUAAAACCAGAAGAUGUAGAACAGGAAAAAAUUGACAAUUGGGCUAGACUUGAAGAAGCUGAAUUAAUGGGUGAAUAUGAUGAAAAAAGUGUUAUGCAUUACUUGAUUGAGAUGGACGUGCAAGACCAUAGUUGCACUCGAGGUCCAACAGUUACGCCAACAGAGCUAUCUGAAGGCGACAAGAAAUACAUUGUGCAAUUUUAUUCAAGAGAGGUGAUGGGGCCGCUGGUUAUGGAAGAAAGAAGCAAGAAGGUCAUGUUGCCGAUGAUAAUAGAAAACACGGUACUAUUGAGGCAGAAGGGACUGCAAUGGAUGUGGAUGAAACACAGCCUACUACUGCUGCUGCCUCAGAUGUUGUACUAAAAACCAAAGAAAAGCAAGGAAGGAGACAAGACCCCUUGAGUAGACCUCCAACCUUACAGGAACUAAAGAAAUUAGGCUUUUUCGAACGUGUUGGAGUGCAUUAUGAAAAGUGCGGAAUAGGGCGACGUGGAGAUAAAGGGGGGGGGGCGAGGAGGAAGACGCGAGCACUAGGAGCCAACGGCGCGCCCAGCAACGCAAUUCUGAAGCCCAUUCUUAAAGCCAUCCUAAAUGAUUGGUAUGAAAGAAAAGUGCAGCCUGUUACAUGGGGCGUCCUUAUAGUGUGUCUUAAGAACUGCGACCUUAAUGCUCUUGCUAGUGACAUUGAAGAAUACGUAGCAACACUUGAAUAACUUAUCCUUUUUGUACCAUAUUUGCUGCAAUGUAAUUUUCACUGUUGCUGAUCAUAAUUGUGGUUUGUAUGACGUCAACAUGACACAACAGUAGAGCCCUGGGGUUGAAACCUACCACAUUAAUAAUUAGGGUUUACUCAAAAUAUCCAAUUUAAUAAGGGAACUUUGUGGACUCCCACACACUCGCUCAAUAAUAAUUAUUAUUCUCGUUCGGCCCUAAGUUGACAUACGGGCCCCACUUGACUCUUUCUGACAGCAGUGGGGAAGAAGUGGGUGGAUUUACAGCAUGUUUUCCAUGAGAAUUUACAACAUAUUUCAAGAGUGCUUGGGGAUGAUACUACAGGUGGGUUGGGGCAGCUUUUUAGUAUUUGUGACUCCACAUACGCUGACAUUACACUCGUAAAGGGUGUGCAAGAGUUUCCGCCAUAGUCAGUUAGCGAUCUAACCAAGGCAGAAGAAUUAGGUUCAACCAGCAUUUGUGAAACUUUUUAGGGAGAAGAGAAAGAGGAUUUAAGACAGGACUGCAGGUCCUCAGGGAGAGAGGAAAU